CCCGCCUGCGCCCUCGUCCCCUCCGCUAUAUAUGCCUUCCCCGGCACCGGCCACAAAAAUCCCCAGACUUUUCAAAGCCAAACCACCAACUCACCCCUCUUCUUCCUCCUCUCGUGCGACCGAGGGGAUCGUCGAUCGAUGGCAACAAUGGGCGUGGGCGGAGCGGUGAAGAUGAUCGUCGGAGCGAAGGAGGAGCGGGUGGUGGCCACGGGCAAGGCGCCCGGCGCGUGCCCGUCCUGCGGCAGCCCCGUGGUGGCGACCGACGUGGAGAGCGAGCGGCGCAUCCUCUGCCUCCCGCUGUGCCUCAAGAACAAGCGCAAGUACUCCUGCACCAGGUGCUUCCGCCGCCUCGUCACCGCCUACAGCUAGCCGAUUCCAAGCGUCUACUCCUACCCAUCAAUCCAUCGAUCAACUAGCGUGCGGAGUCGAACAAUCCCCGAGUUAUUUGGUUCUUUGUUGGCCGUGGUUACGGUCCUAGAGUAGCUUGCUAGCCUGGCUAAUGUAAUUCAUUGAUCUAAUUUCCAGUAGCCAUAUCUAGCUAAUCUGGUGGGCGUGCAUCACGUCGAUCGCUGCAAAACUGGCACUCUGCUGUGUCUUGCAGCAACCUCCCUGUCAAUGGUGGCGGGGCACCUCCGCGUUAAUGCGCAGGCCAGUAAUGGAAAUUUCGUACGCGCCA